AUGAACUACGAAAUCCACAAUAAGGAACUCCUGGCGAUUGUUGACAGCUUUGACCGCUGGAGGAUUUACCUUGAAGGCGCCAAACACAGGAUUGAAGUCUUUUCCGACCACCAAAACCUGGCCUACUUCACCCAUGCGAAGGUCCUCAAUCGCCGACAAGCACGUUGGGCCAUGCAGCUAGCCAACUUUUGGUUUAUCAUCAAUUACCGACCGGGUCACCUCAACGCUAAAGCCGACGCCCUUUCC